AUGAAGGCGAUUGCUUGUCUACGUUUCCUGCGCACUGGAGGAGGUGAGGCGCUCGCGGCCUUCCUCGGUCCGAAUGGGGCGAUGUCGUCCCUCAGCGGUUGUGUGGCCAAGAUGGCCGUAGUGUCAGACGGGACGCAUGCCGCUCAAGUUCUGGUCUUGGCCCCCCCGAAGGAGCUUCUGGCAUCCGACAUGACCGACUACGAUUGGCUAAGCAGAUGGAACCGUCUUCGCGUUUACCACGGGCCGGACGAGUCCACCGAGCUAGCGAACGCCUCUGAAUGCGUCGAGCGGACGCUUGCUCAAGGUUUGAUUGAGCACGUGAGGGGCGCCAAGCCGUCAGUCGUCACUGCGAUCUUGAAGGAAGCAUUUGGCAAGAAGCUGGCUGUGUGGCAUGAGAUUCAAAAAACCAGAAGGAUCGACGCCGAGGCGGUUAACAAGUUGGAGGUCUUAGAAGUAAGAGACUUAGAAGACGAAGAGCGAGAGCGAAUACUGGCGGUAGUCCCAACGACGUGGAUGGGGGUCGUCAAAAACUCGGGGAGCCCGAUUCAUUAUGGCGUGGAGUGUCAGACUGGCUCGGUGCCGAAUACCAGGGGCGUUCGUAAGAAACAAGCACUUGCUGCCGGCCUCGGUGUUGGAGCUGUUCUGGGUGGGGUCUUGAUGUCAGGGUUGGCCCUGCACUUGUAUGGUUUCCGAAAGAACUGUCUUUGCGUCAACAUGUUAGAGUCGCAUAACUCUACAACUACGCCGGAUAACUGUACCUGGUCCGAAGCCGUGAUUCGUGCCUUGUCUGACGCCAGUAGUACCCUGGAUGACAACGCACCCGUAUCUGCAACCACUACGCAAAAUUCGAUCACUGACAUCAUGAAGGAGGCAACUUGCAAACUCCGUUGGCCGAACAUCGACGAUGUAACGACGUUGAUUUCUGAGUCGGAGUUGGCUGCACUGAGAGUGCCGAUGGCCGUUUGCAAGAAGGCGUAUAAGUUUGUGGAGGGGUGGAGUCCGUCAAGCAACGAGCUCGACACAAGGAAGCUGGUGACCGAGGAUGGCCGGAGCAACGAGGUCUUGACAACGCCGAUGAUGCCAGCAACGACUGAUGGCUGGCGCAAGCUGGACUGGGGCAGGUGUUACGGCAAUGGGGGUAAGAUAGUCUGCUCUGAGAUGUCGUCUUACCCCCAUCUGAGAUGUCAUUACUAUGAGCAUCCGUAUCGUUACGAUUUCCCAACCGUAUGGGAGGCGAUCGUGCGAUAUCUGAAGCCGUCGAAAUGCUCUUUCCAGUGCAACAACCAAGAAAGACCGAUUCUUGGCGGAGCGCUCAAUGUAUCAGAAACUAGGGAGCUUUUGCUUUCUCGCUUCGGAGCGGAGAUCGCGGGAUCGAUUCCUGGCAUUGACACGCACGGUCUGAGCGGUGAGCAACUGCAAAAACUGGGACUUCAAGUUGAGAUGUUAAUGACGAAGAGUAAGCCCUGCAGCCAUUGGGAAAUGCAAGCGAAGCCCCCCUACCGGGCACACGUUGCAUUGCCGGGUUGUAAUUGCACUAGCGCUAAACUCAGCUGCUUUGUCGAGACUCCAUUAAAGGGACGGACAUAUUGGGGCUCUGUCGGUGACUUACACACAGUGGAGGAGGCACUCACUCAGUAUUACACUGCAUUCAAAAGACCCGGUCAUGUGGUUACGGACUGUGGAUUCGAAUGCUUCCAACCCGUUAGCGACAUGACAGAGCAACUUCUCAAGUAUUGGAAAGACAAUGGCUUGCCGUAA